CGUCAUUUCCGGUUCACAAGCUGGCACUGAGAGAGAUGCACUGCACAUUAAUACUACCUUAUUUGUGAGUCAACAACGCCAAAAUGCCAUCAACAUGCGCGUUGGUCAGGUAAUCCAUAUGAAACUAUGAAAGAUAAGCAAAUUGCACUGUAAGGACUGUGCCCUCCCCGGCUCCAGGGGCGAGCCAUGUGUGCAUGCAAGCUAGACUCGUCUCCUUUGGGAGCCGCACCAACACUCUGUGAACUUGACGACCUCCUAACUCUUGUCUCCAUGGCGUCCUACCAAGGGGAUUCCCCCAGUGAGGGUGACCUAUAUGCUCAGUUGGCUCAGAAAGAGCAAGACCUGAUCCUAGCAGCUGAGCUUGGGAAGGCUUUACUGGACAAAAAUCUUGAACUCUCCACCAGGAAUGAACAGCUACUGGAAGAAUACUCCUCCAAGAUAGAGGAGCUGGAGCAGGAGCGGCAUGAGCUUCACCUGCGUCUGGAGAAGAUCGAGGCAGAGUAUGAGAACACGGUGAAGGAGCUGCAGUACGACAUCGGCUACCUGCGCCAUGAGUUGCAGGCCAGCAAGCAGCAGGAGCUGAUGGGAGACAAGGAGCGCUCCCAGACCAUCCGCAGUCUCAAGCAGCAGAAUGAGCGACUCAACGAACAACUCAAACAGACUGCACAUCGGGAGCAGCAGUUGGGGGAGGAGGUGCAGACUCUGAGGGAGCAGAUGAUGUCGAAACGGACAUCGAUGCAUGAACAUGUCAUCCACCUGGAGAUACUGCGGGAAGAGAAAAACCAUAUCCAGGAGAAAUGCCAAGAGGUGGAGAAGAAGAUUGUGCUGCUGACCGAAGAACGUGAUGCCCUGGCCUGUAGUCUGGAGGAGUCUCAUGAUCGGAUCAUGAUGCUGGAGAGACAGAAGCAGGAGAAAGACCAACAGCUCCACCAGCAACAGCGGGAGGUGAUGGAGUUGCAGGAGGCCAACGCCCAGCUUCAGGCACAGGUGGAACAUCUGUCUCAGCAGAGUCAGUCCAGCUCCACCGGACCCUCCAUGAACCUGUUCAGUGAGCUGACCGCCAUGUCUCCUGGCUUCGAGAGCUCCCUGCACAGCGAGAUGCGGGAAGAUCACCCUCUCAACCCAUGGCACCGUAGCAUGUCUGCGGAAAUGCUGGAUGAAGAUGAUUACGAGUGUGACGAUGAUGACGACCAGUACGAGAUGGCGAUGCUGGCCAACUCCACCAUGUCGAAUGAGAGCAGCUUCCUGACGGAGUUCCAGGAAGCCACUGCCACCACCACGACCAGGGAGGAGGAGACUGAGCUACGUACGGAGGUGAUUGGGACGUACAAACAGCUGCAGAAGAUGCUGAGGGUCAUCAAAGGGGAGAGCACCUGCUCCACUGAUUCGUCGGAUGAGGAUGCUGGGGCCCAUGGGGGACAGGCCGGCAAACUGGGCGACUGUCUACAUGAUCUGCAGCAACUGAUGCAGGACAUGAUGACGAUGCACGUGGAUCGAAGUGACUAUUCCUACGGGGGAGCCACAGCGUCAGCGUCUGCAUCGAUGGUGUCGUCGCUGUCCAUGGACUGCAUGGAGAAGUCUAUCAGUGACCUUCACGAUGAGCUGAUGACAGCACAACGCGACCUGGACAAGGUGCAGCAAGAGUGUGCAGCUCGAGAUGCACAGCUCAUGCAGAAGAGUGCCGAAUUUGCUGCCAUGGCCCAGAAGUAUCACCCGGGGGCCAUGCUGGCACACUGCUGCUUCCCGUGGAUGGCCAAGUUAAAGAUCAAACUGGCACCGCUGAUGGUGUGUUACCUGCUGCAGGAGCAGCAGGACCGGCUGGUACAGCUGCAGCGUGAGCGGGACCAGCUGCAGGACUCCAUGAUGGGAGACCUGACCAAGGACAACAUCUUGGAGCAGGCCAGGAAGGACCGUGACCUCGCCAUGGAGAAAGGACAUCAGCUGGAAGUGGAACUGGCCAAGUCCAAGAUGGAUCUGAUGACUCUCAACCAGCAGCUAGUGGGCGCGAUCAAGCAGAAGGUGACUCUCUCACAGGAGCUUGAUCAGUGGCAGAUAAUGUGGAAGAUGCCUUCUAACUCAACGGACAUGGAGCAUCUCCUCCACUACGAGAAUGAGAAAGUGAAACAGAAGCAGGAUGAGAAGGAAGCCGAGAAAGAGGGAGAUGAUGAGCUGGAGGAAGAAGAGCAUAUGAAGAAAUCCACUUCUGCUGGCUCCUUCUUCACAGGGAAGAAGUUAUGACAUCAUUACUGUGCAGCGGACUCUAAGUCCAUAGUGUGGUCAGAUGAAGUACUUCAUCACUACGGCAGUCCAGGGAUGUUCAGCAACAUGUGGUCAGCCAGAUGUCUUCAGUAGGGAGUUAUAGGAUUUACUUCCCUAUAUCGUGGUCUAUGUCAUCAGUAGUGUGGAAAGACCUUUGAACUUGUCAUCAGUGUCAUUAGUUGAUGUGAAGUUUGUCAUCAUUUAUUGGGAUCUUGUGGUCUAUAGUUAAAAUCAGCAUGAUAUUAUACCAUUUGUUAUGACACAUGUCUGUGACUGGUGUCAAGAUUUAAAUUACAGUUUCAUAUUCAUCAACUUUCAUCAGGUGUAUUUUCAUUAUUGAAAAAUGAGUUUUUAAGAUUCAGCUUGAAGUUGCGACCUCAAAUAUAAAAGCAGAAUUAUGAUGUGACUAACAGGCAUCCUUACAGUUGACUUUUAGCAUGUUGCUGCAUCAGUAUACGCCAUGUUUCCUGACUGUGGAAAACAGGAAUAACACAAACGGUUGACCAUGCACCCCUGUCUCCAGCAGUACAUGUCUAUAUAAGGAAUGUCUUACUCUGCUGGAAGUCCUUCCAGCAUCCCAGGUGGCACUGACAGAUCAGGGUCGUAUUGCAUGGUGAACAUGGUAAAUCUUAACUGAUCUCAGUACUGACUUUCAUGGUCCAUUUGGAUUCCAUCUUGAUUUAUAAAUGGCAUAUUAUAAGUGAAGUUCAAAUUUAUUUGGAAAUCAAAUGGGUGCUUUAUAUAACUCAUAGACUAAUUUUAAAGAUGGAAGAAAAUGCCUAUUUUCAAAUCAAAAUGUCCUACGUAAAUAUGUUAUCAUUAUGGACAUUGUAUUUCCUGGUUUCCUUGUAAGAUAUACAUAUUAUUCUUAUGUAUGCCUAUAAGCAUUGAUAAUAUCCCAGGUAUUACACCACCUCAGACUCGUCAUAAUAUACACCAUCUCAUCAUCCUUUGCUGCAAGUAUUGGUCGUGGAGGAUGCUUAAUUGAUACAUCAUCGUCAUACCAACAUUCUGUCAGAGCUGAUGCUGUGUAUCAUGGACUUUUGUAUUUAUAUUUAUUUUGGAUCAUCAUCACUGUGCAUGCUCCAGAGAAUCUCGGUUUGAAAUCUCAACAUCCGAAGCAACACAGACAACUUCAUCACAUUCACCAGAUUCUGGCUCACCAACAACUGAUACGUCCUCCAAACCCAGGCACGACGGUUCCGUGCCUCACAUUGAAGCAAGAAAACCGACUUUUUGGUUUGGGGAUGGAGCAGGGAUGAAUAGCCCAGUUUCCUCUCAGGAACACUCCUUGUUCAGCUACCAGACUCAGCAACAGUGGACUUGCAAUGUCAUUCAAGUAGAGCAUUGUGUUGCAGACACUAGAGCCUUGUGUGACAAGAGCAUAGUGCAUUGUGUUGCAGACAAUAGAGCAUUGUGUGACAAGAGCAUAGUGCAUUGUGUUGCAGACAAUAGAGCACUGUGUGACAAGACCAUAGUGCAUUGUGUUGCAGACAAUAUGAGCAUUGUGUCAUUGACAAACUUUGGGCGGGGGUAGUUUUUGUUAAUGGGGUAAGAAAAAAUAUUGAUAUUUCAUUUAUGAUAUGAAGAUAAUGUGAAUUAUUGUACCUGCAUUGUUUUGGUGACGUUAUGGGUGUCCUCCCAUUGAACGUUGUGUCAUGAGGACAUGGAUGUUCCUUCCUCUGAACGUUGUGUCAAUAUGUUCUGAGUCACUGUUCAUGUAAAGGAGUUGUGCUGUGGAACAGGUCCAUGGACCUGUGUUACAGCUGGUCUUCUACAAACAAGCUGGCAGUGUUUUGUGAGAUCUACAAUGGUGCAAAUAUUUUAAAAGCUGAACAAUAUAUGUGAAGACUGUUGUACUCAGCUGCUGUCAUCCACAUCGGAAACAUUGCAUUUGUGACAUUCUUGACUCUACAUACAGCUGUACCAUGUAAUGCUAUGUACAGGAGUUAUCUCCUUGUGUUGUACCAUUUUUAUGUUGUUUGUACCACAGUACCACAAGAUGAGUCUACAGACAGUCGUGGGCUUGAUGGAAAGGCUGAAGUACAAAUGAGUGAAAAUAAUCAAACUUGCUGACUAUAUUUCUGCAGGAAGUGAAUUCCCCCCAAACCUGAUUACUGGGAAACUGACGGUUCUACUGACACGGUUCUACUGACACGUCAGCAACACGAACACACAGCAAACUGACAUGAAGCGAACAAUUUGUUUAGUGAUAGCUUAAAUUUUUCUUGUGUAAAUAGGAUAUUAUUAACUUUCAGUGUUUACACAUAAUCGAUCUAAAAAAACACAAUUUUAUUGUAUGUAGAUUAACGGACAGACAGUCCAAGAUAUUUAUGUGAAAAUAAGUAAAUAGUUAAAUACUCUGACCAGUCAUUUAGACAUAUAUAUACAGAGACAGUGUGAUGCUGACUUUGUUAGAUGUCAACUUAGCUGAUGUUAGUAUAUCCUUUAAUUUAACCGACCAACUCUAUAAAUAGGAGUAGAAGUUUGAACUUGUUGGAAGAGAAUAAUACACUGACUAUAUGAAGGUGGACAACUGUUGAACUGGUCCAGGUUGGGAGUCGGGAUGAAGAUGUUGGUGUACAGGAAUACCGGGUGGAAAACUCAGAUUUGUCCCUAAAGAUACUGCAUCAAGUAGCUUUGUACUCGGCCUUUGUAUGUUUCAGCUAUUUGGUCUGCUGGUGUGCAAAUUUAAUACAUGAUAUACGUUUCUAUUUUUAGGGACAAAUCUUCAUGUUUUUCACUGGUUUGCUAAUGUAGAAAGUUGUGUAUAGUCCAUACGGAAGUAUUAUAUAUUUGUCAUUUUUCUCCAUACAGUAAAUCCUAUUUAUUCCUUGAUAUUUGUAAUAUUUACUCUAGUCAAUCAUUCAUUGCACAUUAGUGUGAUAGUUUCAAGUGUGUACAGUAGGACGUUACUUUACAGUACAAUGUGAACAUUACAGACAGAGAGUUGGGGUCUGGUUACCACGGUAACUGAAAAUUGUUUGCUCUCAUUCAGUGGAUUUUUUGCUCAAUGUUGUGAACUUUGGUGCAGUUUUUACACGCAAUGUUUUAAUUUUGCACACAUGCCGAAUAUUUUUGGUGACUAAUAAUUUUCUGGAUGAUUUUAUUCACUCUUAUUAUUCAUAUCAAGACCAUUCAUUUGCAAUAUAUUUUAGCUUUUUUAUAUCAUGACUAGAUCAGUGACUAGCAAACUCAUAAUCAACCUGGUUUCACACUGUGUUGCGUCUGAUCAUUACAUCACCACAUUCAGUGUUUUGAGGGGUUUAUACUAUUCUCAGUUCGUGAAAUAUUCUACAGGAUAUCAAUCAAUAAUUCAAAGACACUGAAGUUUCUGAUAUCCGUGAAUCUGAACACUUCAGUUGGUGAGUGGUCUUAGCAUAUUACAUGUGAUAGACAUAGAUCAGGUAUCAAGCUCCUGUCCACAUCAGAUCUUGCAGUUUAGGGGGAGAUAUAUACAUAUAGUUCUGCUCCAUUACAAACGUUACCACUGGGCUUUGGUUGAUAAGAUAAUUUGAGCUAGGAGCUGAUAUGUAUGUAAUGCCUAUUAUUUGGCCAAUUUUGAAAUGU